GGUAUGAGUAUUGAUGGUUCUAGCUAUGCAAGAGCUGCAGCCGCUCCAAGCUCCAGUUCUUCGUUCGCGUUUACACUUGCUCAACAUCAACAGUUUCAAUUUCUUCAGCAGCAGCAACAAGCGCAACAACAAUUUCAGCAACAACAACAACAAUCGCAGCAACAACAGCAACAGCAACAACACUUUCCGCAGCAGCAGAUUUCUUUUACUGGACCUGUUUAUCAGGCUCCAAAACUUUUAAGCAAUGCGCAAAUCAAGACAACAAUACCUU